AUGCAUAAUAAAGACUUUCCACCUUACUUUUUUACUCGAGAUUGGACAAUUUUUUCUUCUCUCUGCAUUGCUUAUAUGAUUUUCAAAUGUAGCCUGGACUACGAUCGUUCCUCUUCAGUCAUUCUUAAUUGUACCAUUUGUGGUGAUAGGGCAGACGGCUAUCAUUUUGGAGCAAUUUGUUGUGCAGCUUGUGGUGCCUUCUUCAGAAGAAGUGUUUCUGAUCAGAAAGUGUAUUCAUGCUACUCGAAGAAUUGUAAUGUACAGUAUGAAUCUCUAAAGCGAGGUGGCGUGUGUAGGUUUUGCCGCUUUCUCAAAUGCUUGCAAUCUGGAAUGCUCCCAUAUGAAGUACGAGCUAAAAGAUCAUCGUGUUUUGAAUAUCGAAGUCCGACAGGAGUAUUCAAACAAAUUGUUAUCGGUUCUCAUCUAGAAAUGAUUGUUCAGUUAAGACGGGAAAUGAUGUCAUUCCAAAACAUACCUUUCAAUUAUGGUAUCAAAGCAACGUUUCAAACAUUCAAAACGACUCUAGAUGAAGAGUUUCGUAUCUUUCAACGUCUAAUGGGAUUGUAUAAUGGUAUUUUGAGUUUGUUAAGUAGCUGUGAGAGCUCAGAGGACUUUGAACCAAAUAUCAAUUGGUAUCAAUUGGAUGAGAGAAGUCAAAUGAAAGACUUGUUUCUAAUGUUUUUCAUUCACGAGUGCUGUCUUGCAACAGCCAUAUAUGGCGGUCUUCAAUUGGAUCGACUUAUUCUCCCAAACAUGUCUUAUAUUGAUCUCUCAGAAAGUUCCCUCGAAAGCUUUUAUGGUAAUGAGAGAUCAGCCAAAGAUCCAGCAUGCUUAGCCAGGUUAUCAUUAUCGUGUCUAAACUUUCUGGUUCAUACAAUGUCUCGCUCAUUACAAGCUGCUCGUUUGGAUGAGCCGGAGACUGCUUUGCUCUUUUUCUGCUCUCUUCAACAAAUAAUUCCCGCCUUCAAAAGAACUAAUCCAUCACAAGUUUUGUUCUCAGCCAUUUUAACAGAUAUUUCAAUAACAAUCAAUACAUCAGGUUAUGAUAUAUCAACUCGAAUGGGAAAUAUUUUAUUAUUGCUAACGCCUCUAGUUCAAGGUUUUCAAGCUUUUAAACAACUUCUUACCAUUCUCGAAUUAGCUGAAAUACAUUGGUCUUCUGAAGUUCUGAUCUGA